AUACCAACCAAAUUGCACAAAAGCAAAACCCAAAAAACCUUCAAAAUCAAACCUCUCCCUAAAGUGUAUCCAACAUGGGCCAUUCAUCCAUCUCCCUCAUUCAAAAUACCUUCUUAAAAUUAUUCUCUUUCGUACAUCCAACGAUUUAGGAUCGUUAAAUUUUUUUGUUAUACCAAAUAUUUCUAUCUCUCUAACUAACACUCCGAUCCCUUCUUUCAUCCCUUUAAAGAGAAGAAAAGAGGAAGAGAAAAGUUACGAACAAAGAUAUGUAUAGAUUUAGCAACACGGUGAUCGGAUUCUUAAACCUCUUCACACUCAUAGCCUCAAUCCCCAUCAUUGGUGGGGGGCUAUGGAUGGCGAGAAGUAGCACCACGUGCGAGAGCUUCCUACAGACGCCGCUCUUGGUCGUGGGGUUUGUGGUGCUUGUAGUGUCGUUGGCUGGCUUCAUUGGCGCUUGUUUUAACGUUGCUUGGGCACUAUGGGUUUACUUAGUGGUCAUGUUGUUUCUAAUCGCUACGCUUAUGGGGUUGACAAUUUUUGGGUUUGUCGUGACCGGCCCGGGCGGAGGCAUCGAAGCACCGGGUGGGAGGGUGUAUAGAGAGUACCAUUUGGAACAAUAUUCACCUUGGUUGAGGAAGAGAAUAAAGGAUCCAAGGUAUUGGCUAACUAUUAGGAGUUGCCUUUUGGGAUCUAAGACUUGUGCUAAACUUGCUUCUUGGACUCCUCUUGAUUAUCUUGAGAGAGAUAUGACCCCAAUUCAGUCAGGUUGUUGCAAGCCGCCAACGGCAUGCAAUUAUGACAUGAUGGCGAUGGUGGCUCAGGAUCCAGAUUGCUAUCGGUGGAACAAUGCUCCUAACUUGCUAUGCUACGAGUGUGACUCUUGCAAAGCCGGUGUCCUUGAGGACGUUCGAAGGGACUGGCAUAAGCUUUCUGUUCUCAACGUCGUCGUUGUUGUCCUCCUCAUUGGUGUUUAUUGUGUAGGUUGUUGUGCCUUCCGCAACACCAAGAGGGCUGAGACUGACUACCCUUACGGUCACAAUCGAAUGACCAAAGUUCGACCAAGAUGGGACUACUAUUGGUGGAGAUGGUUGCAUGACAAGAAAGAACAACUUUAUUAAGAGAGAAGAAAUAUUCCAUCCUCCAUUUCCAAUUGUUCCUUCACUUUUCUCCUUGUUGAGAACAUCAAAGAGUGGUCUCAAACUUCCCUUUUUACUUUGUCUUUUUUUUUUUCCCUCUUACUCCUUGUUUUGUAUAGACUUUUUUUUUUCUCCCAUAUAAAGAUGGAUUUUCACUUUUUAUCUCAAACAUUUUUUUUUCUUUUA